AUGAACGUCAUCUCGACACGAGUCCUGCCCUUCAAACGCACCAUGACGACCAUCGCAACAUUACAGCGUAUUACCGCUGACAAGCUCUCCACCAUCCUCUUGGCGGAGCAGGCGGCCGCGAACCCCUCGGUCGCCGUAGUCGACGUCCGCGACAAUGAUUAUAUCGGCGGCCACAUCAAGGGCUGCAUCAACAUGCCCGCAAACACCCUCGACGUCAUGAUGCCGACCCUCGUCCGCCGCCUCGAAGGCAAGAAGACUGUCGUGUUCCAUUGCGCCUUGUCGCAGCAGCGAGGACCCAGCGCCGCCCUUCGCUACCUUCGGGAACGCGACCAGAUCCUCGCCUCUAAGCCUGCAGACCCAUCAAAGGGGACUGCUGCAGCGGAACCACAGACUGUCUACGUUCUUGACCGUGGCUUCGUCGGCUGGCAGGAAGUCUAUGGCGAGGACGAGCGACUGACCGAAGGAUACAGCAAGGAGCUCUGGAAGGACGGAUACUGGGCUUGA